GCGCGCGGGGCGGGCAGGGGCGGAGUCAGGCUCUGGGGGCGGGGUCAAGCUCGGACUGGAGGGAGGCUCCUCAGGUCGCAGAUAACUGUAUGACUCUCAGCUUCAGGAAUUCUUCGUCCUUUAGGACCAUUACCUGUAAACAGCAGAACCUGGCAUAAAGCAGGUACUUAGCAGAUACUCAAUAUUGAUCGCAAUCCUGUGCAUAAAAGCAAAAAAUACACAAACCAGAAACUCCAUCUUCUGCCACAUAUAAGCUGGUUCCACCAGUGUCAUACAGCAACAUAAUUCAUCGGAUCAUAAGGAAGAGGCUUAUUAAGUGACAUUCUUUUAAGCUUGAAAGGAAAAAUGUCAUUCCGCAAAGUGAACAUCAUCAUCCUAGUCCUCGCUGUUGCUCUCUUUUUACUAGUUUUGCAUCAUAAUUUCCUUGGUCUGAGUGAUUUGUUGAAAAGGGAGGUCUCAGAUCCAAAUCUUGUGGGAUUUCAGCCAUUAGCCUUUGUGCCUAAUGCUCCUGAAAGCUUGAUCUAUAGGAGUGAAGAGGAGAUUCCUGUAGUCAUUGCAGCAUCUGAAGACAGACUUGGGGGCACAAUUGCAGUGAUGAAUAGUAUUUACCAUAAUACCCACUCCAAUGUGGUUUUCUACAUUGUUACUUUGAAUGAUACUGCAGACCAUCUUAGAUCCUGGCUCAAUAGUGGCUCUCUGAAAAACAUCAAAUACAAAAUUGUGGAUUUUGACCCUCAACUUUUGGAAGGGAAAGUAAAGGUGGAUCCUAAACAGGUGGACUCCGUGAAGCCAUUAACCUUUGCAAGAUUCUACCUACCUAACUUGGUUCCAAAUGCAGAAAAGGCAAUAUAUGUGGAUGAUGAUGUAAUAGUACAAGGUGAUAUUCGUGCCCUUUAUAAUACACCUUUGAAGCCUGGGCAUGCAGCUGCUUUUUCAGAAGACUGUGAUUCAACUUCUGCGAAAGUUAUUGUCCAUGGAGCAGGGAAUCAGUAUAAUUAUAUUGGAUUUCUGGACUAUAAGAAAAAAAGGAUUCGAAAUCUUGCCAUGAAAGCUAGCACCUGCUCUUUUAAUCCUGGGGUUUUUGUCGCAAAUUUAACAGAAUGGAAACAACAAAACAUUACUUAUCAACUGGAAAAAUGGAUGAAACUUAAUGUAGAAGAAGAAUUAUACAGUAGAACACUAGCAGGCAGCAUUACAACACCCCCUCUACUUAUAGUAUUUUAUAAACAACAUUCAAAUAUUGACCCCAUGUGGAAUGUCCGACAUCUUGGCUCUAGUGCUGGAAAUCGAUAUUCACCUCAGUUUGUGAAGGCUGCCAAACUACUCCACUGGAACGGACACUUUAAACCAUGGGGAAGAACUGCUUCUUAUGCUGACAUUUGGGAAAAAUGGUAUAUUCCAGAUCCAACAGGAAAAUUCAGCCUAAUCCGAAGACAUGUAGAAAUUGCAAAUGCAGACUAAAGUAGAAUAUGGACUACCAGUAUCUUCUCAGGAAACACUAAAGGAUAGUACUAGUUGGGAAAAUGUCUUCCAUGUGAUAUUGAGAACUUUUCUGUGUGCAACAUGGAAAAACCAACUUAGACGCAACUGUUAUGAAGUCAUAAGCUCUCUCAACUAUAAUAUGAAAACCAAUUUACACCUGUCUUACUUGAGAAAAAGUAUUUUAAUAGUUAAUUUUUUGUUGCUACUACCGAGAGAAUCUGUCCUGCAGAAGUGAAUGGAAUACCUUCCCUUCCCUAAGACUGAUGAGCCAUCUUGCAGUUAGUUAUGCUGUUUUUGUUCUACUCCUGUAACCUGUGGCUUUGUAUAUGACACUUUACUUUGCAUGAGACCCACUCGAAGCAUGUUUACAUUCUUUCAUAACUUAGUUUUUAGAAUACACGCUAGUUAUGGUUUCUUGUUCCUUUCAACAAGUUAUAUGUCUCCUAGUUUUGUUGACAUAGUUAGAAUUCCCCAGUACUAAAUCAUUAUUUAAAGAUGGUUUUUCAUCUUGUUCUAAAAAAUAAAAUUCAGAAACACAUCUUCUAAUUAUCUA